AUGGCAAAUGGACGCCUCACAGAGAUAGCUUUGACAGAUCCUAAGAGGGCCAAGAAGAUUUUGGCAAAUCGCCAGUCUGUGGCAAGGUCAAAGGAGCGCAAGAUGAGGUACAUUCAAGAACUCGAGCAUAAGGUACAGAUCUUGCAGACAAAGACGACUACACUUUCAACACGGUUGACAAUGCUGCAGAGGGACUCUGGAGGACUUGUGACUCAUAACAAUGAGUUGAAAAUAAGGCUGCAAGCAAUGGAGCAACAGGCGCAGCUGAGAUAUGGUAUGCUUCUUAUGGCCCCAUUCUUCAUUUCUUUUGGUGAAAAUUAA